CGCAUGCAUUGCAUCUUUUGAUGAUUUUGUUCCGCUCGUUCCACACGCACGUCCACGCAUACACCUAGCCACCAUGUCCAGAGAAGCCGUCAAGACCACCAACGCCCCGACACCGCCGCCUGGCCUGUCGCAGGCUGUCAAGUACAACGGCAUGGUGUACUGCUCGGGCAACAUUGGCAGCGACCUCGACGGAACCCUUGUAUCCGGUGGCGUCAAGGAAGAGGCUCGCCGCGCAUUGCAGCACCUCUCGGCGGUCCUCGAAGCCUCGGGCUCCAGCCUGACCAACCUGGUCAAGGUCAACGUCUUCCUCACCACCAUGGACGACUUUGCGGCCAUGCACGAGGUGUACAAUGAGGUGCUUGCGCACGUCGAGCCCAAGCCGGUGCGUACAUGUGUUGCUGUAUACCAGCUUCCAAAGGGCGCCAAGGUAGAGAUUGAGUGCUCGGCGGCACUGAACCCGAGCCACAAGCUGUGAGCGUGGCGGUCUGGGUUGAAGAAUAAU